AUGCUGGAGUCCUCCGCUAACCCACGUGUUGGCGUAGCGGCACUAAUUAGGAAUGAACAAGGCAAAAUAAUCGUUGGCAAACGCCUGGCCAGCCACGGUACAGGCGCCUGGGCUGUCCCUGGUGGCCACCUGGAGUUCGGCGAGUCACACUUUGCUUGCGCCGAACGAGAGACUCUCGAGGAGACCGGCUUGGAGGUUAAGGGCGUGAAGAUCGUUGCGGUGACGAAUGAUGUUUUUGAGGAUCUCGGGAAGCACUACAUCACCAUAUUCGUAGAAUGCGCAAGGAGAGAUGCUACACAAGAACCACGAGUUAUAGAAGUCGAUAAAUGUGAGGAGUGGCGAUGGACAAGCUGGGAAGAAUUACUUGACUGGCAGGCUCAGCAGGAGAAGCAAGACAAUGAGUGUUCAGGCCAAAAGCUUUUCCUGCCGAUGAGGAAUCUUCUCCGUGAUUACUACCCUCAAAUAAGCAAGACGGCUUGA